GGCGCCGCCCGGCGGGGCUCGGCUACGGGGGCCCCUAUUGGCCGCGCCGGGGCCUCCUGGUGACGUGGCCGCCGGUGCCGGCUGCGGGUGCCGGCCGCGGGGCGAUGCGCGGGCAGGCGGCGGCGGGCGCACAUGGCCAGAAUUGGCGCUCUCUGCCUGUCGCGGCGCCCGGCGGGACCCGGACCCUGCCCGUGCCCGCGGCAGCGCCCGGCGGUGCUGGGGCUGGCCCUCGCCGUGGGGUUGCUGCUGCUGCUGCUGCUGGUGGCUACCGUUCCUCGCCGCUGGGCCGCGCCGUCCCGCUCCACCCGGCGCGGCGAGAGGUACCUGGCGCGGGCGGAGGAGCUGACGGCCACCGACACCGAGGAUUCGGCCCUGAAUUACGGAGUGGUCAUCGACUGUGGGAGCAGCGGGUCCCGGGUCUUUGUCUACUUCUGGCCCCCGCACAACGGGAACCCCCACGACCUGCUGGACAUUAAGCAGAUGAGGGACCGGAGCAGCCACCCCGUCGUCAAGAAAAUUAAGCCAGGCAUCUCCGUGGCAGCGGCAGCCCCCGAGCAAGCGACGCCCUACCUGCGCCCUCUGCUUCAGUUUGCGGCAGCCCACGUCCCGGCUCAGAAGCACAAGGAAACUCCACUUUAUAUCCUGUGCACCGCAGGUAUGCGGCUGCUGCCCGAGAGACAGCAAGCUGCAAUCCUGGAGGACUUGGUGAGAAACGUGCCCCUGGAGUUUGAUUUCCUCUUCUCUAAAUCACAUGCAGAAGUGAUCUCAGGGAAACAGGAAGGUGUCUAUGCUUGGAUCGGCAUCAACUUUGUCCUGGGCCGGUUUGAUCAUGAGGACGAGGAGGACGCGGUGGUCACUGUAGCGCUGGGGGACCAGGGAGAGUCCCUGGUUCGGAAACGAACAGUUGGGAUCCUGGACAUGGGGGGUGCCUCUCUGCAGAUCGCCUACGAAGUGCCCGACUCCGGAGCCUUUUCCUCUCCGCAGCAGGAGGAGGCUGCUAAGAGCUUGCUGGCAGAAUUCAACCUGGGCUGCGACGUGCAGCACACUGGCCACGUGUACCGUGUCUAUGUCAACACCUUCCUGGGCUUCGGGGGCAAUUUUGCCCGGCAGCGCUACGAGGAACUUGUGCUGAACCAUACCUAUGUGCACAACCGCCUCCAUGGCCAGCAAACAGGGCUGAGCCCCGAGACGCCCUUCCUGGACCCCUGCCUGCCCGUGGGGCUGGAGGACACGGUGGCGAGGGGUGGCCAAAGCCUGUACGUGCGGGGGCGAGGGGACUGGCCGGCCUGUGCAGAGCUGCUGCAGCCCCUCCUGGCCAGCCCCAACAGCAGCCAGGCCUCCCUGGUGGGGGCCUACAAAGCACCCAUCGACUUCAGCAACAGCGAGUUUUAUGGCUUCUCCGAGUUCUUCUACUGCACUGAGGAUGUGCUGCGCCUAGGGGGCCGCUACAGUGCCCCCACCUUCACCUCCGCUGCCCAGGAGUACUGCAGGCAGCGAUGGGAGGUGCUGACCCAGCGCUUCCGUGGUGGCCUCUACUCGGCGCAUGCUGACCAGCACCGGCUGAAGUAUCAGUGCUUCAAAUCGGCCUGGAUGUACCAAGUCCUUCACCAGGGCUUCCGUUUUCCCCUGGACUACCCCAGCCUGCGCACGGCCCAGCUGGUGUACGACCGGGAGGUGCAGUGGACGCUGGGAGCCAUCCUCUACAAGACGCGGUUUCUGCCACUCAGGGAUCUCCGUCAGGAGAGCAUCCGGCAAGCACACACCUCCUGGCUGCGCCUCUCUUUUGUCUACAACCACUAUAUCUUCUUCGCCUGCAUCCUGGUUGUAGUGUUGGCCAUAGUCCUCUACCUCUUGCGGCUGCGCCACAUCCACCACCGGCAGCUGCGCUUGGCCCAGCUCACCCUGCUCUGGUUGGACAAAGUGGUGGUGCAGCCGGGCCAGGGAAACGGGCCCUGACACUGGUGGUACCCACUGUCCACUCAUAUCAUCAGAACCAGGACUGGCUGACAGCCUGGACUCCAAGGGCUUGGACUCUUUUUUAAAGACCAUCUCAACUCUGCACUCCAUCAUCUGAUCAGAACCAGAGCCUGGGGGCUGAGGGAGCUACAGACACCAGAGCUUUCCUCUGCCUCGCCCCAGUCCUAAUCUUUGCAUUCCUUGGCCUCUGACCUUUGCCUUGCUAGGCGGUGUAGAGCAAAGUCCUCUGCUGCCAUCAGGCUCAAGGCUGGAGCCCUGGCAAGGCCCUCAGAUAAGCACUAUCACCAAGGGGGCCGCCCCAGGGCUGUGAACCUGAAGCACUGGGCCACCCCCCGACUCAGUCACCCGUUUGCAGAGCAGGCUGGUGAGGUGCUGUAGCUCAUCAGCGGGGGUGGCCUUUCCUCACUCCCUUACAAGCCCAGGGGCUGGAGAACAGCAGUCACCAGCGAAAUUACUGCAGGAACCAGGUGAGCCAUGAGUUCCACCAAGCUGCUCUGCCCAGCCCGGCCCCUCUUGGAGCAUUAAGAGGUGUCCUGCUCUUUGCCAUGUCUUCCCCUCCUUGGACAAUCCUCCUCUGGUCCUAGCCAACAUCCCAAGCUCAGCCCGGAGGGCUCAAGGCUUGGUUCCUAAGGCACUAAAGUGGGCUGCCUUUCCUUUUGUACAUUCCCUCCUGGGCACGUUUGUCCCGUGGUGUCCCACACAGUAAUCAGGCACUAGCACCAGGACCUGUAGUUCUCUCCCCCGUGAGCGGUGAGCGCAGGCUGGGCCUGCCCAGGGGGCAACCGCGUCACUGGGGCCCAGCUCUGCCCCAAGGCAGCUUGGGGCUCUGGCUGUGUGCACAGGCACAAGCCUUCCCCUGCCCUGGAGCCCAUGAUGACCCAAUGAAGUUUGUCACUUUACUUGAACUCAGCUGUUCCCAUUCCUGUAGCAAUAAACAAACCCCUUGAGCCAUCCA